CGAGUUGGAAGAGGCGAGUUCGGUCUCAAAAUGGAGGUAAAACCGCCGCCCGGUCGCCCCCAGCCCGACUCCGGCCGUCGCCGCCGCCGCCGGGGGGAGGAGGGCCAUGAUCCAAAGGAACCAGAACAGUUGAGAAAACUGUUUAUUGGUGGUCUGAGCUUUGAAACUACAGAUGAUAGCUUAAGAGAACAUUUUGAGAAAUGGGGCACACUUACAGAUUGUGUGGUGAUGAGAGACCCCCAAACAAAACGUUCCAGGGGCUUUGGUUUUGUGACUUACUCUUGUGUUGAAGAGGUGGAUGCAGCAAUGUGUGCUCGACCACACAAGGUUGAUGGGCGUGUAGUGGAACCAAAGAGAGCUGUUUCUAGAGAGGAUUCUGUAAAGCCUGGUGCCCAUCUAACAGUGAAGAAAAUUUUUGUUGGUGGUAUUAAAGAAGAUACAGAAGAAUAUAAUUUGAGAGACUACUUUGAAAAGUAUGGCAAGAUUGAAACCAUAGAAGUUAUGGAAGACAGGCAGAGUGGAAAAAAGAGAGGAUUUGCUUUUGUAACUUUUGAUGAUCAUGAUACAGUUGAUAAAAUUGUUGUUCAGAAAUACCACACUAUUAAUGGGCAUAAUUGUGAAGUGAAAAAGGCCCUUUCUAAACAAGAGAUGCAAUCUGCUGGAUCACAAAGAGGUCGUGGAGGUGGAUCUGGCAACUUUAUGGGUCGUGGAGGAAACUUUGGAGGUGGUGGAGGUAACUUUGGCCGUGGUGGAAACUUUGGUGGAAGAGGAGGCUAUGGUGGUGGGGGUGGUGGCAGCAGAGGUAGUUAUGGAGGAGGUGAUGGUGGAUAUAACGGAUUUGGAGGCGACGGUGGUAACUAUGGCGGUGGUCCUGGUUACAGUAGUAGAGGAGGCUAUGGUGGUGGUGGACCAGGAUAUGGAAACCAAGGUGGUGGAUAUGGUGGCGGUGGUGGAGGAUAUGAUGGUUACAAUGAAGGAGGAAAUUUUGGAGGUAACUAUGGUGGUGGUGGGAGCUAUAAUGAUUUUGGAAAUUAUAGUGGACAACAGCAAUCAAAUUAUGGACCCAUGAAGGGGGGAAGUUUUGGUGGAAGAAGCUCGGGAAGUCCCUAUGGUGGUGGUUAUGGAUCUGGUGGUGGAAGUGGUGGAUAUGGUAGCAGAAGGUUCUAAAAACUCAGAAGAAAAGGGCUACAGUUCUUAGCAGGAGAGAGAGCGAGGAGUUGUCAGGAAAGCUGCAGGUUACUUUGAGACAGUCGUCCCAAAUGCAUUAGAGGAACUGUAAAAAUCUGCCACAGAAGGAACGAUGAUCCAUAGUCAGAAAAGUUACUGCAGCUUAAACAGGAAACCCUUCUUGUUCAGGACUGUCAUAGCCACAGUUUGCAAAAAGUGCAGCUAUUGAUUAAUGCAAUGUAGUGUCAAUUAGAUGUACAUUCCUGAGGUCUUUUAUCUGUUGUAGCUUUGUCUUUUUCUUUUUCUUUUCAUUACAUCAGGUAUAUUGCCCUGUAAAUUGUGGUAGUGGUACCAGGAAUAAAAAAUUAAGGAAUUUUUAA